CUCUAACCUCCCCCCAUACAAUUUUCCUCUGCCUCUCACUCUUUCUACACAGCCAAAUCUCCCAUACAAAAUCCGCACCCAAUUCUCAUCGCAACGCAACAAUUGCGCAAUUAAUCACCACAUUUCGACUUUUCUCGAAAACCAUCCAAGCCAUUCACCAUGCCUAAGGCCGCUACUAAGAAGAGCGCCAAGCCUGAGAAGCGCCGCGCGAAGAAGGACCCCAUGGCUCCCAAGCGUGGUCUUUCCGCAUACAUGUUCUUCGCCAACGAGCAGCGUGACAACGUCAGGGAGGAGAACCCCGGUGUCACAUUCGGCCAAGUUGGCAAGAUCCUCGGUGAGCGCUGGAAGGCUCUCAGCGACAAGCAGAGGGCGCCAUAUGACGCCAAGGCUGCUGCCGACAAGAAGAGAUACGAGGACGAGAAGGCUGCUUACCAGGCUGGCGGCGACGAGGAUGAGUCCUCUUGAUUCUCGCCUGAUCGUUUGCCUGCGCGUACCAUUCUCCAGGGCUGAAAGACCAUUGAGAUGAUCAAAUCAUGUCUCCAGCUCGUCAGAUCACGAACCACGAUUCUGAUCGGGCGGAAUGCCACAGGCGCGCUAUUUUCUUUCAUGUCACUUUGGGUUUGGUCAGGUCAGGUGUUGAGUGUUAGCCACGGACUGGGUUCUCUUUUUUCGGCAUUUGUUAUCGUAGCUUUUUUCGAUCUGUUCUACUUUUUUUUUCUCUUGAUGAAGGGGGGAAGACCCCUAUGGCCGGAGGGGAAUGGGGUUAAGGGAAAGGAUUCCCACUUCAUCGGGCUUGGACGAUGGUAUUAUGAUUUGUUUUUCCAGAGAUACCACACCAUCAUCUUACUCCACCGUCAGGAAGUGAGAAUAAGACUUUGGGAAAACGGCAGCCCAAGCCAUCACACAAACUUCGAUGAGCUGUAUCAUUAGAUAAAAAGGCGACGCCCAACGGCUUUCCCUUGCUAAAUACAGUGAAGCCGUUUCUGAGCAAUGAACUUUUAAUCUCAAUUGAAUCACUUAGUUUCCUCAGAAUA